GUGCUUUGAAACUAUAUGGGUCAACAACCCAUUUUUGUUAGACCAAUGUGGUUAUUAUUCCAUGUCAUCGCGCUGUUACUACCUCACUCCGAAAAUGUUUCGACAUCUGUUGAUAUCCUUAACAGGUUCAAGAAUGAACGUUACGCUAACGUGGUGCAGAAUACGGCGUAAGCCUUAGUUUGAGCUAGUUACCGACUGUGGUAGGAUAAUAAAAAGAUAAAAUUGAGCCGAUAUAUAAUUUUGCAGUCUAGAGAGCCAUGUAGAUGAGCUUUAAAAGAAAAUGACCGAGUAAGGAGUCAGGCCCGAGACCUUUCACAUGCUAAGCAAACGCGC